GCCUUGAAAAAGGUGAUGAGUGAUCGAGCAAGUCAAGACUCGGUCAUCGGCAUGGGGUCAGCAAACAUUGCCGUCGAUCCAAGAUCCAAACUUUCCGACGAACUGACGUCGGAGAAAGACGGGCAGAGCGAAAUUGAUCCGGUGGGAGCGUCUCUUGCGUUACUCGAGAUAAGCCCAGCUGUGGGUUCCGGCAGCAGAGGCGGAGUUGCAGAUGUCGCCGCCGUGGACGGCGGUUCUUCGCGGCGGAAACUCAUUAUACUGGACGUCAAUGGGCUCCUUGGAGACGUAGUCAGGCGCCGCGUCCCUGGCGGUGCCAGCUUUUCAGGAGGAACAAUCAUUAAGCGGCCCUUCUGCGACGAUUUUCUGCGUUUUUGCUUCGACAAGUUUGAUGUUGGCAUCUGGUCUUCCAGACUCGAGAAAAAUCUUGACCCAAUUGUUGAUUAUCUACUGGGAGAUCAGAAGAAAAAGCUGUUGUUUUGCUGGAAUAUGUCCCAUUGUACCCAGACAGGCUUCAACACUCCUGAGAACAAGUAUAAACCCUUGGUUUUGAAGGAAUUAAGGAAAAUAUGGGAGAAUGAAUUCCCUAAUCUACCACGGGUCAAAGGAUACUACAAUGAAUCAAACACAUUGCUUUUGGAUGAUACUCCUUACAAGGCCUUACUCAAUCCUGUUCAUAGUUCAAUCUUUCCUGAGACGUACAAGUUGAUGAACAAGAACGAUAAAGCAUUGGGUCCUGGAGGUGAUCUUCGAGUGUAUUUAGAAUGUUUAGCAGAUGCUGAGGAUGUGAGGGGAUAUGUUGAAAAGCAUCCAUUUGGGCAGAAGGCCAUUGAUGAAACUACCUCCAACUGGAAUUUCUACUCGAGGGUUCUUGGAUCCCUUCCAUGAUUCAUAUCUUUCACCUAUUCUGUUCUGUUCUAAACAAUGUAACAUACACAUAUACGCAUGUAUAUGAAUAUAAUUAUCUACUUAUUUUGGAACGAACUCAAAAAUUUACAUUUUACUUCAAUUCUAUCAAGAAAUAAAACCAUCUCCCUUUUAACUGUUCAA